CAUGGCUGCUCCGGCGUUGCUCAGGAGCUCCGAGCCGGCGCUAUGCCCGAGCUUCGCGGAGGUCUGCUCGUUCCUGGAGCGCUACGGGGCCGCCCUCGACCUGCCUGAGAUGACGUUCCCGCAAAUGGAGGGCUACCUGCGCGACAAGACGUCAGUUCCAAAACCUCUCAUAGAACUUCAUGUGAAGCUGCUUCGAAAGCUCGGCAAGAGCGUGACGACGGAGCGCUGGGAAAAAUACCUGGCCAAAGCAAGUGAAGCACUCAGUUGGUCCAAAGUUGACUUGAGAUCUGUUUGAGAAUGAGGUUUCAAAGAGCUAAAUCUGCUGUUAAUUUUCUUGUAGAGCUGCCAGGAGCUGAACAGCGCCUGGGCCUGGGAGCUGGAACAGAACGGCUAUCAGGACAUGUCCAUGGAAUGCAAGUCCAGCAUUCUCAAAUAUCUUUGCGAGUGCCAAUUUGACGACAACUUCAAGUUCAAAGCGGUGAUCAACGAGGAGGAGCCGGACAAGAUGCGCCUGCAGCCCAUCGGGCGGGACAAACAGGGCCUGAUGUAUUGGCUACAGCUGGACCAGGAGCAAAACAUCCGGCUGUACACGGAAGAGCAGGACGACCUGGACGGCUCCACCUGGAGAUGCAUAGUCAGGAGCCGUAAUGACCUGGCUGAUGCUCUGGAAAUCCUGAAGGCCCAAGUCUUCCCAAACCUGAACCAGGACCAAGAGCUGAAACUGUCUGAAUCCGGGAACUGCAGUCCUGCUCACAGAGAAACAGUGUACGAAGAUGGCAAACACCUCAAGAACUCAGAGGAUGUCGCUGAUAGUAUGGAAGUUGAAAAAGACGAGAAACCCCUCAAACAAGUGGGCAACAAGGAGCAGACAGUGAGCAUCAAGCAGGAGGCAAAAGAGGAAAAGACCAGUGAUCAAGCACCUCCCAUCGAUAACCAUGUGAGCACCAUCACCUCUGUCAUCAAAUCAGAGAACCGGGAUUUGUCUGUCAUGACGACAGUGCCCAAGCAGGAUUCAAACAAGGAAGAGGAGACCGAGCGGGCCGUGGUCAGGAGCAGUCAACAGGCUAAGAUACCACUGAAGAAGAGAGAGCUGAAACUCGCUGAAAGCUACCAUGGCAACCACCUCAAUAACAACAACAGCAGCAGCAUCAUAGUAUGCAACCCCUCAGUCAUGCAGAGUAAGGAUGUCUCAUUAGCACCAACUGGCGGCCAGGCAGCUCAACAGCACCCUGAGCUGGCUAACGGGAGGUCAUCAAUCGUGUCUCGUCACGUGGGGGUCAUCCGUGGACCGACAUCCAACGAAGAGAACGGCUGCAAAGCGGCGGAGGAAGAGAAGAAUGUACAGGGAUGCAACGCAAGAACCCUGGAGAUGGGGCGCAUGUCGGUGCUGGUGAGGAAUGACCCCGUCGUCGUGGAGACGGCACGCGUCGACCAGGGUGUGAAAACAGCCGCUGACAACGAAACCGAAGAAAAUGUCCCUCAGGGACAGGAUGCCGACUUGGGAACACAAGACCUUCACAUGGAAACAGAAGGAAACAAAGAUGACCACCAGAAGGACGUGAGUACUUCAGGAAAAGUGGAAGCAGAGUUGAGGGACGAGGAAGGCAUCAAUGGUGCGCUAGCGGAUCAGUCAAGCAAGAAGGAUGCCGACGGGAAGCCGUGGCCAAGAGAAAAGGCCUCCUCGGAGCUCCAGAAGGAAGGAAUCCGCUUGAAGAUCAAGAUUCCGCCUCAUCGCAGGAACAAGUUGAAGGCCAAAGAGCAGCAGAAGGAGGCGUCACAAAGGGGAAGGUCCCUCAGGAGAUCUGCUAGGAUCUCCAGGCCAAGUUCCAAAGCAGCUGAGAGCCCGAAAAAAAAGAAAGGGCAACAAAAGCAGAUGAGAGAAGAUGAUGAUGAUGACGGUGACGAUGACGAUGACGAUGAAGAGGAGGAGGAGGAGGAGGAGGAGGAGGAGGAGGAAGAUGAAGACAAUGAAGAUCAAAGUGAUGCUGCUAAGAAAAAUGGAAAAGCAAAGGCUGUCAUCCAUACGAGGAAGCGCAGGGGUAAGCGGAGACACGGGCAUCCCCGUUGGUCCAACAUCAAGCGCCACAAACAGAAUGAAGAAGAUGAGGAGGUGGUGGUGAAUAAAGCUGAAGGCGGCGAGGAGGCCAUUGGAGGAGUAAGCCACUCAGAUGACUCGUGCCAGUCUGAGGACCUUCCCAAGGAGGAUGCCUGCACUCACUGCGGUCUUCCCAACCACCCGGAACUGAUUCUGUUGUGCGACUCAUGCGACAGUGGAUAUCACACAGCCUGUCUACGACCGCCACUAAUGCUCAUCCCGGAUGGCGAGUGGUUCUGCCCACCCUGCCAGCACAAGCUUCUGUGUGAGAGACUGGAGGAGCAGCUGCUGAACCUGGACAGUGCGCUAAAGAAGCGAGAGCGUGCAGAGAGGAGGCGGGAGCGGCUGGUGUAUGUGGGGAUCAGCGUGGAGAACAUCAUUCCUGGAAAUGAGGAAGAUGAAAAGAUGGCCAAAAAAAAGGAUGCCAUAAAGUCAAAAAAUUUGGGGAGGAGGUCAACCAGAGCCAGGAAGCACAUCAGCUACAGAUUUGACGACUUUGACGAUGCCAUUGACGAGGCCAUCGAGGAAGACGGUGGUGACAUAAACACCGGGGGAGCCAGAGACAUUGCCGCCGGCGCCGCAUUGUCUGAGGACGGCAUGGCGAGCCACCGCCGGCCGAUGACGCUUGCUGCGCGAAACAGGAAACGCCGGCGUCUCAACGACCUGGAGAGUGACAGCACGGCAGUGGAGAGUGAGGACGACUUCACGCUCAGCAACAGCUCUGAAGACGAAGAAUUCGCAGGCUCGGGAGCCGCCGCCGACGAUGAUGAGGAAGACGAGGACGGUGGCAGCUGGGACAGUGCGUCGCGACCCAAACGGACAGCGAGAGCGGGGGCCAAGCACAAAGCGGGCAUUACCAAACACAAAGUCGGGAGGCCACCGGGGCGCCGGCGGAGACGUUCCUCCGAGGAGGAGUGCAGCGACGAAGACUCCGAUCAGUACAGCGACAUGUCAGAUAAGAAGCGUGGCGGGCUGAGGCGCGGCCAGCGGCAGCAGGUCAAUUAUCGGGAGACGUCGGAAUCGUCGGACAAUUCCCGGACAUCUGCCAAAAAGAAAGAAGUGAGACCACGCGGGCGGCCACGUAAGGAACGUUUCUCUAGCGACUACAGCAACGCGUCACCUUUCUCACGUGACUCUGAAGAGGAGGAUGAGGACAAAGGUGGUCAGGGGAAGAGGAAGCGAGAGAAGCGGCGAGGACUAAGAGAAGAGGUGGAUGUCUCCACUCACCACUCCAAAGCCAAGCGAAGGCGACGCAACCAAGAGGACGAGGAGGAGACAGAGGAGGAAGAAGAUGAUGGCCAGCCGAAAGGGAAACGGCGUCGAUGGAAGCCUUCAGAAGAAGAUGCGGAGGAAAGGAUGAACAUAUUGAGGACGGGUAAAGAGGACGAUGACCCAGAGAAGAUGGGCAGAGGAAAGAGGCGGGAGAUGUUGUCCCAGCAGCGGCGCAAGCGUCUGGCUCAGAUGCUGAAGAACAGAAGACCCUCCACAGACGAGGACGACUCGCAAGAAUCUGAGUCCUCCUCAGAGGAGGACCGGCCCGUUCGCAAAAGACUCAACCGUAUCGACUCGGACGAGGAGGAAGAGGACGAGGAGUCGGAGGAGGCGAAAGACGACAGUGAAGCUGCAGACAAGGUGCGAGGACUAAGCAGACUCGGGCAAUCCAGAGGGGCCGCACGUGGCACCGUGCCCAGGGACGCUGCAGCAGCGGGUGGGCAAGGCAAACACAGCAGCCCCUCACACGAUGAGGAGGACGAAGAGGCCAAGUCAGACUCGUUAAACUCUGUCCACAACAGUCCGCGCUCGUGAUCCGUUCUUCGUCGGUUCUACUUUCUAGGCCGGGGGUUCUCAAACUUUAUAGGUCCAGAGAAGACAUGUUUCCAAGAACACCCAACCCCCCACGACACCCUGAAAUAAUCCUAGCACCAGUUAAACAUAACUUCCAUGUUCAACCUGAAACGCCAGAGGAAUUUAAACAAUUCCAAGUUACAAUAACAAAUUCUUUUUUUUUUUUUGUAAGGGAAAAACAUUUGAAAUGUUAUGAGAAUAAAGUUGCUUGUUUUUUUUCCAAGGAGGACAAAAUGUCAUCAACAAGAACAAAUAUGUAUUCCAACUUGUUAAAAAGUUGUAAUAUGAAGAGUUAAAUCAUGUUUUGCCAAGUCAGAAUAGUCAUUCCAAUUUCAAGCUUUAUGAAAGUGGCAACGAAAAGAACGACAAGGACCAUACAAUUUAUGAUGUCUUAUGAAUGAGGAUUUAAUCUAACACUUUAUUCAUAUGAUUUUCACAUUAAUUAUAAUAGAGUCAAAGUUUUAAUGACAGAAGAACAUUAGAAGUCAGCUUAAAAAGUACAACUUUAUUCUUGUAAUAUAAGCCUUUGAUUCUAAAAAAUAAAAUAAAAUCUCUAAAAUUCUCCAAUUUUAUCGAGUUCCUUGGCGCCGAGAUGUACCCCAAAUGAGCCAGUUAUUACAGGAUUUUUUUUUUUGAGAAGAGAAGUUUGAGUCGUAUGAGAAUAAAGUAAUAAAUUGUUGUCUUAACAGGAACAAAGAUAUAUUUUGGCUGAAAGAAAACAAUUUUUCCGAGAUAAAUUCCGAAUGUUAUGUCAUCUGAGCAAAGGAAGAACGUCAUCAAGAGUGAAUUCCAAAAAGUACAACUUUAUUCUCAUAACACACCCUUUAUUUUAGAAAAUAUCCCUUUUCUAAGAAAUAAAAGAUAUAUUUUUAAAAAUAAAUAAAUAAUACUACUUACCCAGGGCUGUCAGAUUUAUGUGAUGAUAAAUCACAAAGCUGUUAGUAAUUGUAAUUCGUUUAUUGUGUUAUUUUAUUGGUUCACCUAAGGGAACCCCAAUUUGAGAACCACUGUUCAGCACGUUGUCGUGAUCAUAAAAGGAAGGCCUGGAGAUCACAUGAUUGUCACGGACCUGACUCUCCCCUCGACCCUUGUGGUCCUUCUGGCAGCACUUAUUCGGUAGCCCCGGCCUCCACACUCUGGAUCAUGAGACAUGAAGUAACUUUUUGACACUGCUGUACAUAGCGUGUGGCCCGGCCGUGCUCUCUCUCUCUCUCUCUCUCUCUCUCUCUCUCUCUCUCUCUCUCGCUCUGUUCCUUUUGUAAAAUAAUAGAUGUUGCAUUUUAGUGCUCUUGUAAAAUAUAGCGUUCUAUUUUCUCAAAGAAGGACGAGGAGCAGCAUUGCGGCAGUGAGCAGCCAGCAGAUGCCAAGUUUGCCCCGGAUGGCCAUAAUGAUGUCAGGUAGAAGGAGAUCCCUCAUUUAAUAUUUGCAUAAGUCGGAUUGGAAAAUGUAUGGUAAAUUUCUAGGGGGAAUUUAUGAUGGGGACUCUAGGGUAUGUUCCAAAAUUAGAAGCUUUCGUGAAAUAACUGACAAUGGAGGGGAAUUUCAUUCAAGCAGGUGGUACGGUAGAUGACUGGUUAGCACGUCUGCCUCACAGAACAGAGAUCGUGGGUUUGAAUCAGGCCCCCGGCCUUCCUAUGUGGAAUUUGCAUGUUUUCCCCAUGCCUGCAUGGGUUUUCUCCGAGUAUUCCGGUUUCCUCCCACAUUCCAAAAACAUGCAUAGCAGGUUAAUGGAACACCAAAUUGUCCCUAGGUGUGAGUGUGAGCGCGGAUGGUUGUUCGUAUAUGUGCCCUGCGACUGUCUGGCAACCAAUUCAGGGUGUCCGCCGCCUACUGCCCGAGGACAGCUGCAAUAGUCUACAGCAUGCUUGCAAUCCUUGUGAGGAUAAGUGGAUUCGAAAAUGGAUGGAUGGAUGGUAUCAUUCAAGCUUGGCCUGAGCCAUUUAAAAAAAUAACAACACUGGGCAACAACAAAUUUUCAUCUAAGAUGGCUUUAUGUGUCCCGAAAUAUAUUUUUGACACUGAUUUAAAAAAAAAUCUAUUUACUUUAUUUUCUAGGACAUUAGACUUGGGUGAUAGUAGGUGGGGCACACCGUAAACUGGUUGCCAGCCAAUCGCAGGCCACAAAUAGACAACCAUUUCCUUGCAUCUCUGUUAAAAAAAUAAAUACAUGUGAUCCCACAUCCCCGCCCCCAGUAAUACAAUACAAUUUAAUAUGCAAUUAUUCAAGUUUCUCUUCCCACUUUUUUUUUAACCCUGGAGAAUCCAUCCAUCCAUUUUCCGAACCACUUAAUCCUCACUAGGGUUGCGGGAGGUGCUGGAGCCUAUCCCAGCUGUCUUCGGGCAGUAGGCGGGGGACACCCUGAACCGGUUGCCAGCCAAUCGCAGGGCACACAGAGACGAACAACCAUGCGCACUCACGGUGUCAAAUUUGGCCCCUAUAAAUUCUGCUACUCAAAUGCUACCCUUAAAUCCCAAAGGGUCAAAUUUGGACCUAAUCCUAAAUUAGGAUUAAAGCAUUAAAUAUUUUAAAAAAACAUUUUGGUGUUCAGUGAACAUAUAGCAGUCACUUAAUGUAAAAUUCAUCUUUUCCAAAAGAAGAAAAGGGUUCUUCCAGGGUUAAACAAGCACGAAACCCAUGGGCAAUGUGACAUCAACUUCGAAUGACAUCAUUUGGCAGUGCUGGGCAAAAUGGCCGCCCCAUAGAUGGAUGAAAACGGGUGCAUUUUCUGCUUAAUUCAUAUUCCACAAACAAUAUUAAUCUGAAUACCAAUGUGUACUAAUAAGGGCAAUGUAAUAUUGCAAAGAAAUGUUUUGACUUCCACUUUAAAGUCCACUGUACUCGUAUGCACUUUGUCCUAACUGGUAAGACAAUUCAGCAAAGUAUUUGAACAACAUGUUCCUACUCUUUACACAAGUUGAGAAAGAGUUUAACUGGUAGAAAUCAUAGCAUACAAGUGUCAACAAGUGCACAGUUGGGGCUCACUAGUUGUCCGAGGUGUGCAAAAAUCUCACAAAGUUGUAAAAAAAAAAAAACUGUUCGACUGGUGUGCUGAAUUGUCUUACUAAUGAGAAGAAAGAACAUACAAGAAUCUUAAACUGGUUAUGCUUGGUAUCGAAGAUAUGCUCAAGUAAGGUUGCAUAUACUUUCCAACUGCUAUGAUUGUUUUCAUAAAAUAGUUUUUAUGGGCGGUUGUUUUUCUUUAUUUUAUUUUUUCAAGCGCAAGCAAUAGUUUUGGCUUAGAAAAAGUGUCCCACUGGAAUGAAAUCUAAUUGUCACACACAACAAUAUAUACAGUACUGUAUAUGUCAGAUUUUAUAUUCAAGGUCCCAGUUUAACUACAGUAAUACAGUUUUUCUAUUCAAUCAGAGCUGAGUUUUUGUUCGGGAAUUCACUUGGUCUCACAUAGGUGUGGACAAAUCUGCUGGCUCUGAAUCAGAAAAACAAAAAAAAGUGGUUGUGUUUCCCAAGUGCACAUUAGUCAGGAUUGAAACGGAUUGGACUGGACAUGGAUGUGUGACUCUGUUGUUCUGUUACUGUAGUGUCACAAUAAUGUCACCUCAAUGUUGUCUAAGUUAUUAAAAACAGCACUGCGAGCAUCUCCUCA